AAUUGUAUUUCUUUGUUUCAUCGAUAGUUCUGUUAAUUAGAUAACAAAUCAUUUUGACCAAAUCAUUAAUAACAUGAAGGUGAUCGUCAAAAGCUGGACAGGCGUUGCAACUUGGAGAUGGAUUGCUAAUGAUGACAAUUGUGGAAUUUGUCGAAUGCCAUUUGACGCCAGCUGUCCGGACUGCAAGACUCCUGGUGAUGAUUGUCCUUUAGUUUGGGGUCAGUGCUCUCACUGUUUUCACAUUCACUGCAUCAUGAAGUGGCUUCACUCCCAGCAAACCAGCAGUUUGUGCCCAAUGUGUCGUCAAGAAUGGAAGUUUAAAGAAUAAUAAGAAGACAUCGCACGGGCUUCCCUCAGUUGUCAGCACUCAGUUUAUCAAAGGUAAGAAUUCACAAUUAAUUCGAUUCAAAGGCUAUCCGCGAGACAUUCGACAGAAAAAAAAUGAAAUUUAAUAAACCAGUUCCAACAAAACAAAUAUCCAGAAUGCAGUGAAACAAGUACUCGCGUUACUCUUCAUACCGUGUAUUUCUGCUCGAUGUUGCGUGACGAGCUAAUCAACAAAAUAAAUGUGUGCAUUUGAAAUAGUUGAAUUUUAAAGUGACAUACCAAGGCAGUGAUCAAAGCAGGUGUGAUUAAUUCAGUCAUAAAUUAAUAAACGAAUGCCAAUAUCCGAGGUCAUAGCUGUUUAUUGAAUCAUAUAUUAUGAGCAAGAAUAUUGCGAGAAUAUUUUCAAUAAACUCAAUUUGCCAAAUUUUUCAAAUUUAUAUAGAAAUCAAAAUAAU